AAACAAUUGUACUUGUUGUUUAAGUGUAUUACUUUGAACGCUUGUAACUCGACUUCCUUCCGUUUUGAGUACAACAUAUCGUGACACUGUUACUGCUUCUCAAUAAAUACACUCUAAUGCACAUCUGCAUCGUUCUGCCAUGUCUGCUAAUAUGUUGAAUGAAAUAUUAAUUGCAUACCAUCUACGUUUAUAGACAACUGCGACAUUCUUAUUGAAUUCUACGCUUGGUAAACCUACUGGAUCUAUAUCGUCCAUAUUGGGAUUACUAAUUUUUUAUAAUUGUGGAUUAUUUGGACCAAACCCAGCCGAACACGCAAUAGCCUGAAGACUUAAGUAACGUCCCUUAUUUUGUUAUUUGUGUGUGUAAUUAACUUAUUAACUGUUAAUUGUUACAUAAACUAUAGACAUAAUAUUUUUGUUGCUAAUUUUUGGUUAUCAUACAUUUUGGUCCACCACAAUUAUUUGGUGAGCCCAGUAUUUUAUUGUCUCGCAUUUAUACCAUUGUUAUAUUGUUUAUUCGCUCAUUGUACGACACUUUUGCUCAUCUUCAACCUAAUGUACUCUCCACCUAAGCUUAGUGAUAUGGAUCCUGUUCCAGUAACCACUCAUAGUUCAUCAUCUAACUUUACUGAAAGUAUAUUUAGUCCAGUCAACGCCAUUUCUGAAUUUAAGCUUCCACCAUAUGGAGUAAAUAAUCCUAGAAUCUGGUUUGCUCAAAUUGAAGCCUUAUUCCAGUCCAGGGGUGUACGUUCCCAAGCAUCAAAGUACGCUUAUGUGGUGGGCUCACUCCCGAUCGAAGUUGCAACCGAAGUGGGAGAUCUUAUCGACCAGGUUCCGGAAACCGAGCCAUAUGACAUUAAAAGCGGCUUUAAUUCUGCGAACAACAGUCUCAGAUGAGACAAGAUUGCAACAACUUUUGAAUGCAUGUGACCUGGGAGACAAAAGACCUUCCCAACUACUCCGACACAUGAAACAACUUGCAGGCCCUUAUAAACUAGACGAAGCCCUCCUCAAACAAAUGUGGUUCAAUCGAUUACCACGCAGUGUCAGACAAAUCCUAAGUGCCUUGGGGAAGUCUUCCCCUCUCGACGAUUUAGCUGAUAUGGCGGAUAAGGUAAUGGAAGUCUGUCAUGAUAAUCACUAUAUAAAUACGAUGCAGCCGUAUGGAGCAGCUGAUGUCAGUUACUUAAACUCUAUUCAAAGACAAUUAUCUCAAUUGACGAAUCAACUUGAGUCCCUUCAAACCACUGUAGCAACGGUUCAGGCCAGACAAAUAAGACCCCUUUUUAGACAGAGAUCACGUUCUAGACCACGAUCUCGUUCACCUAAACGACCAUCCGAAAUUUGUUGGUAUCAUACUAAAUUCGGCACAAAAGCACGGCGUUGUACACGCCCGUGUGCAUUCCCCUUACCCAGCACUGAUAACCAGGGAAACGGUCCGGCCAGGCAGUAAUGGCGGCGCCUGACUCUGGCCACAACUCAAGCCGUCUAUUUCAUGUCAGGGAUCGUAUUUCGGGCUCGGAUUUUCUAAUCGAUACUGGAGCCGAAAUAAGCAUACUCCCACUUCAUCUAUCCCGACGACGGCACUCCCAACACGCUAAAUUAUCAUUGGUGGCAGCAAACAAUUCUAUUAUUAAAACGUAUGACGAGCAAUCACUCAUCUUAGACAUCGGUCUCCGUAGACGUUUUACAUGGGUUUUCAUCGUCGCUGAAGUUAAACAACCCAUCCUUGGAGCCGAUUUUCUUAGUAACUACAAUCUCCUUGUCGACAUGAGAAAAAAGAAACUUAUCGACGUGAAUACAAGUCUACAGGUCAACGGAACAAUCACCUGCAAUUAUGAAACUUAUGGUGUCCGAUUGCUUAGACCUGAUAGUCAAACUUUUGCCGGUCUUCUAUCGAAGUAUGAAUGUAUAACAAAAGCCGAUUAUCAAACUGAAAACUCCACACACCAUGUUCAACAUACUAUCACUACAACUGGUCCACCUAUCUGCGCCAAGGCGAGGAGACUACCACCCAAUAAGUUGCAGUCCGCUAAAAGAGAAUUUGAACAUAUGAUGCAACUAGGGAUAAUCCGACAGUCUAAUAGCCCUUGGGCCUCGCCACUGCACAUGGUUCCCAAAAAAGAUCAAGAUUGGCGCCCUUGUGGAGAUUAUAGGCGUCUGAAUAAUCAGACAGUUCCAGACAGAUACCCUAUUCCUCAUCCACAUGAUUUUUCACUAAACCUGCACGGUAAACUGAUCUUUUCAAAACUAGACUUAGUUAGAGCUUAUCAUCAGAUCCCAGUGGCACCUGAGGAUAUUGAAAAAACAGCUGUAAUCACACCUUUUGGGUUGUUUGAAUUCUUGAGGAUGCCAUUUGGGCUUAAGAAUGCUGCGCAAACAUUCCAACGAUUUAUGGACGAAGUCACGCGAGGUUUAGAUUUCGUAUUUGUUUACAUCGAUGACGUCCUAAUUGCCAGCUCCUCACUUGAAGAGCAUGUCCAUCAUCUGCAGAUUCUCUUUGAACGAUUCAAGAAAUAUGGCGUAGUUAUCAACCCUACUAAAUGCAUAUUCGGUACGUCUGCCUUAGAAUUCUUAGGACACUAUAUUGAUGCACAAGGUAUUAAACCUCUACCAAAGAGAGUUGAAGCCGUCAUCAACUAUCCUGAACCCACUUCGGUUAAGUCAUUACGUCGCUUCCUGGGUGCAUUCAAUUUUUACCGUCGAUUUUUACCUAACUGUGCCGACGUUCUACAACCGUUAACUGACUUACUAAAAAACGAUAAAUCAGGUGGCAAAAAGGAAAAGAAUCAACCAUUCAAGUUACCUUCCGAUGCCAAAACGGCAUUUGAAAAAGCCAAAUCUUUGAUUGCUGACGCCACCAUGCUACAACAUCUAAAUACUGACCCCAAAACUCAUCUGAUCCUCUGUACGGACGCAUCACAAAAAGCCGUAGGGGCAGUAUUACAACAACGAGUAAACAAUACGAUUACACCCAUUGCUUUCUUCUCUAAAAGGUUAUCACCUGUACAAGAGCGUUAUAGUACAUUCGGUCGUGAACUCUUAGCCAUGUAUUUAGCCGUUAAACACUUCAAUUUUUUGCUACAGGGCCGGGAUUUUACCAUCAUGACGGAUCACAAACCCCUGUGCUACUCCUUUAGUAUGUCGUAUGACAGACAUUCACCACGCGAAGCAAGACAGCUUGAUUACAUCUCACAAUUCACCACAGACAUUCAGUUUAUCAAAGGUCACUCCAACAUUGUAGCAGAUGCGUUGUCGAGAAAAGACAUCAAUGUAGUUGCAUCCAACCAUGACGUCAACCUAGAAAUAAUCGCAAAACUUCAAGCAGACGAUGCAGAGCUAAAAACCUGCAAAGAAAAGUCUCGCCUGAAUCUCCAACCUGUACCCAUCCCAUUUUCCGACGCAUCCAUCAUCUGUGACACAUCAACAGGUAACAAUCGUCCCUUUGUUCCACUUGCAUGUCGCCAAAAGUUAUUCCAACACUUUCAUGCUUUAUCACAUCCGAGCAUCCGAGCAACUACGAAGCUGAUAACUAACGUUUUGUUUGGCCGAAAAUCAAUUCAGAUAUUAAACGAUGGACACGUGGUUGCCUUCAGUGUCAACGUAGUAAGAUCCAAAAGCAUACUAUUAGCCCAAUCGGAGAAUUUCCUAUUCCUGAUAGACGUUUUCAGCAUAUCCAUUUAGAUUUAGUAGGACCUCUACCAUCGUCAAAUUCUUUUACUCACAUCCUCACGGCAAUAGACAGAUUCACUCGAUGGGCCAUUGCAUGCCCCAUCAAAGACACAUCAGCUGAGACUGUAGCAUCCGUUUUUCUAAACCGAUGGAUAUCGCACUACGGUGUACCGACAACCAUCACAACUGAUCGUGGUCCCCAGUUCCAGUCUAUCCUGUUUCAGGAAUUCACAAGACUUCUGGGCGUAAAACACAUCAGAACCACAGCUUACCACCCAGCAGCAAACGGCAUGAUUGAAAGAUUUCACCGGCAAUUAAAAAGCUCACUCAUGGCUCAAACUGAUUCAACAAAAUGGAGUGAUGCCUUGCCGCUUGUUCUCCUUGGGAUUCGUGCCACGGUGAAGGAAGACAUAGGUUGUACACCCGCCGAAUUAGUCUAUGGUACAACUCUAACGUUACCGGGCCAACUAGUCAACUGUGAACCUACAAUGCAAGAAGAUGCUACUCAUUUCGCAAGUUGCCUAUUACAAGUGAUGCAGAACAUUAGAGCAAUACCACCGCGAGAAUACAACAAUCCAGUCCAUCUCGACAAACAUUUAGAAACGUGCAAAUUUGUUUUUGUUCGAGUAGACGCGGUGAAAAAGCCACUGACACCACCACAUGAAGGUCCGUAUAAAGUAAUAAAACGCACUUGCAAAUAUUUCAUUAUCAACAAAAACGGAAACAAUGAAACCAUUUCCAUAGACCGAAUUAAACCAGCUUUCUACGAACCCCCUCAAACCACUGAUGACAACACGGCGAACAAACAAUCACUCCCAUCAAUUGCUAAGAAACAAGAGGAAGAGGAAAAACUCAGCACUACACCCUCUUGUUUAACACGAUCUGGGAGACUUAUUAAAAAACCCAAACGUUAUGUACAUUUUAUGGACUAACACAAUCAAUCAGUUUUAUGCAUUACUUUGUGAAGUUACGCAAUCUUCUAAUAAAAGAUAUUUAUUUUCUCUACAUGUACAUUUAAUAACUACAUUUAUUUGUUAUCACUGGUUUUGCCAAUUUUUUUUAAUAAGAAAAAUUGUCAUAGUAAUAAACGAGUGAAUGCUAACUAACUAUUUAUUAAAUUCAUUCAUUUUUUUUAAUUUUAUGACUUUAUUAACAGCUUUCCACAUUUUAUUAUUAUUGUUAGCAAACCAAAGCUUUUUAAUGCUCGUUUUUCAAUUUCAUUUUGCGUAGCAUAGCCUAUAUUAUUAACGUGCCAUUUAUUCCUAUCUCCACCAUUUUUUUCCGUUAUUGCAGUAAAUACUAUUUUAUGUACAUUUGUAUACAAUAUUUCUCAAUUUUUGUUGUUCAUAUUGUAAUCAGUGUUACCUCCGGACACUCUGGGGGGAGCUAUGUGGAGAUAGAACCUUAAAACCUAUUUUGUAAAUAAUUUUUCAUAGUUUUCGCAUGUAUUUUCAUAUUCUGUACAUUAAGCAUUAAACAAUUGUACUUGUUGUUUAAGUGUAUUACUUUGAACGCUUGUAACUCGACUUCCUUUCGUUUUGAGUACAACAUAUCGUGACACUGUUACUGCUUCUCAAUAAAUACACUCUAAUGCAC